AGCGGUCGGCGGCUCCUUCCCCGCGCCCGGACCAGCUCUGCCUGCGGUGACUGCCCAUCCUCGGCCGCCAUGAGCCACCCGUCGGGCCUCCGGUCCAGCGUCAGUUCCACCUCCUACCGCCGCACCUUCGGGCCACCGCCCUCACUGUCCCCGGGGGCCUUCUCCUAUUCGUCCAGCUCCCGCUUCUCGAGCAGCCGCCUGCUGGGUUCGGCGUCCCCCGGCUCCUCCGUGCGCCUGGGCAGCUUCCGCGGUCCCCGGGCGGGCACGGGCGCCCUCCUGCGCCUGCCCUCGGAGCGCCUCGACUUCUCUAUGGCCGAGGCGCUCAACCAGGAGUUCCUGGCCACGCGCAGCAACGAGAAGCAGGAGCUGCAGGAGCUCAACGACCGUUUUGCCAACUUCAUCGAGAAGGUGCGCUUCCUGGAGCAGCAGAACGCGGCCCUGCGUGGGGAGCUGAACCAGGCCCGGGGCCAGGAGCCGGCCCGCGCCGACCAACUGUGCCAGCAGGAGCUGCGUGAGCUGAGGAGGGAGCUGGAGCUGCUGGGCCGGGAGCGCGACCGGGUGCAGGUGGAGCGCGACGGGCUGGCGGAGGACCUGGCAGCGCUCAAGCAGAGGUUGGAGGAAGAGACUCGGAAGAGGGAGGAUGCGGAGCACAACCUCGUGCUUUUCCGUAAGGACGUGGACGACGCCACCCUGUCUCGUCUGGAGUUAGAGCGCAAGAUUGAAUCUCUGAUGGAUGAGAUUGAGUUCCUCAAGAAGCUGCACGAGGAGGAGCUGAGAGACCUGCAGCUGAGCGUGGAGAGCCAGCAAGUGCAGCACGUCGAGGUGGAGGCGACCGUGAAGCCCGAACUGACAGCGGCGCUGAGGGACAUCCGAGCCCAGUACGAGAGCAUCGCGGCGAAGAACCUGCAGGAGGCAGAAGAGUGGUACAAGUCCAAGUACGCGGACCUGUCGGACGCCGCCAACCGGAACCAUGAGGCCCUGCGCCAGGCUAAGCAGGAGAUGAAUGAGUCCCGACGCCAGAUCCAGAGCCUGACGUGCGAGGUGGACGGGCUUCGCGGCACAAAUGAGGCGCUGCUCAGACAGCUGCGGGAGCUGGAGGAGCAGUUUGCCCUGGAGGCCGGCGGGUACCAGGCGGGCGCCGCGCGGCUUGAGGAGGAGUUGCGGCAGCUCAAGGAGGAGAUGGCGCGACACCUGCGAGAGUACCAGGAGCUUCUCAACGUCAAGAUGGCCCUGGACAUCGAGAUCGCCACCUACCGGAAGCUGCUGGAGGGCGAGGAGAGCCGGAUUUCCGUGCCAAUCCAUUCCUUUGCAUCCUUGAGUAUAAAGACGACUGUACCUGAGGUGGAGCCUCCCCAGGAAACCCACAGCCGGAAGAUGGUUCUGAUCAGGACCAUUGAGACCCGGGAUGGGGAGCAGGUGGUGACAGAGUCUCAGAAGGAGCAGCACAGUGAGCUGGACAAGUCUUCUCCUCAGAGCUACUGAGCUGAUCGGAGCUCUCUGCCCUGCCCCAGGCCUCUAAGGCCAAAUCCUGACACCAGUUUGGAAUUAGUCUUCUCCCCUCUGCAUGUGUCCAGGGGAUGGCGCCAGUCACCCCUUCCCUGGCCAGUGGCCAAGCCCUACCCAGCACUGUAGCUGGGUCUGUCCCUGACUCUCCAUGCCCACAUAGGCAUGAUCCAUAUGUUCCCCACUUCUAGUCCUGCUAAGAGUCUCUAUGGUCCCCAUUUCUUGUCCUGGUAAAAGUCUGUAUGUUCCCCCAUUUCUCAUUCUGGUAAGAAGCUGACAAACCCCAAGACGAGUCUAUUCCUGCCACAACCCCAAGGUUAGUGGGUGGGUCAGGGUCUGAGUUUCACUUUUAAAUCAAAUAAAACUGUUAUCAAGGGAACCCUC